GCCAGAUGGCGCGUCAUUGUUGAACGUGUCGCGUGUUCAAACUCCGACUACUCCCUACUCCAAUUUUACUUUGUUUUGCUUUACUCCGAUCAGAGCCGGUUGUUUUUGCGGCUCGUUCAUUCAACAAAAUUCAAGACUGCUGCAUCGUGACAAGACAAGAAAGUCGAGUUACGAUAAUUUGAUUGCGAUGACACUACAGGCGAUAAAAUGGAACAAGAUGGAUGGCAAGCUGGAAAUUCUGGAUCAGACGUUACUGCCGGCGACAACCCACUAUAUUCAGGUCAGAGAUGUCGAGGAUGGGUGGAAGGUCAUUCAUAAAAUGCAGGUACGAGGUGCACCAGCCAUAGCUAUUGUAGGCUGUCUCAGUUUGGCUGCGGAGAUUAUUCAGCAUCCAGAAUAUGAACAUAAGACAGCUUUUUGUCAGGAUAUCGAGAAAAAAUUGAAUUAUCUUGUAUCAGCACGUCCCACUGCCGUUAACAUGAAGACAGCAGCCAAUGAAUUGAUAAAGUUGGCAAACUCUCUUUGCGAUAGUGAUAUUUGCAUGCUAUCUCAGAUGAAAGACAAAUUUAUAAAUGAUAUAGAGGAGAUGCUGCGAAAGGAUGUGGCAGACAAUAAAUCAAUUGGAGAUUUUGGUGCACAUGAGAUUCUGCAAAAUGUACCUAAAGAUGAUUUUACUAGGAUCCUCACACACUGCAAUACCGGAAGUCUCGCUACCGCGGGAUACGGCACAGCUUUAGGCGUUAUCAGAUCUCUUCAUGAAUUGGGAAGGCUCGAGCAUGUUUAUUGCACUGAGACUAGACCGUAUAACCAAGGUGCUCGUCUGACCGCUUACGAAUUGGUGCACGACAAGAUACCAGCGACCUUAAUUUGCGACGACAUGGUCGCCGCUGUACUGAAAACGAAACAGAUCACGGCGGUUGUCGUGGGUGCAGAUAGAGUUGCCUUGAAUGGUGACACCGCCAACAAGAUUGGGACUUAUCAGAUUGCGGUUCUCGCCAAGUAUCACAAUGUCCCUUUCUACGUGGCUGCACCAAUGACAUCCAUAGACUUCCAAAUGCAUAAUGGUGAUAAUAUAAUCAUCGAGGAGCGAUCAGAACGAGAAAUGACUCACAUAAACGACAAGAGGAUCGCAGCAGAGGGAAUAAAAUGUUGGAAUCCAGCGUUUGAUGUGACACCAGCAAAUUUAAUUACCGGGAUAAUUACGGAAAUUGGUACUUUUAAACCGUCUGAGUUGAUACGUGCGAAAGAAGAACUGAGUGGACACACAAAUAAAUAAUUUGUUGUUUAAUAAAGAAACAUACGCGUUUACGACGCACCAACAUUACGUAUAUACCAAUUAUAAAUAUCAAGAUGCAAGACUGUUUAAUUGAAUUCCGUAAGUACUGUGCCAUUGUAGAAAAGAAGAUUAUAUGAUAUAAUAGCUCAGGAAAAUCAAUUUAUUGACUGUAUUUAGAUCAAAAUUAAUCUACGACUAGCUAUUUAAAAAACUGUUAUAGCGUUUUAUAAAUGCUUUUUCAGUAUUUGCUGAAAUUGCAUAAUUUUAUAUUGGUUUGAUUGAAUUUCUAAGGAUCUUUGUUAUCCUAUUAUUGAUAGGCUACGAUAUAAUGCCGUUAUUGCGUUAAGAGAUUUUUAAAAAUUUGUAUUGAAUAAAAAGAAACAUUUUAUUACAUA